AAGUUUGAGAGCGCAUGAUCGUUAUCUUAAACGAUGGCUGCCGACCAGUCGAAAAAGUAUUUAGCUUACAACCAGAUUUUAUCAGAAAAUCGCCCUUGUCUGGGGUUGGGAUAACUUUGCUGUAAUAAUUAAUAAUCGUAGUUUGAUAGUUAUAUCGUCAUUCGUUCAUUUCAUUGUACAGUUAAAUCGAAUAAUUAAAAAAAAGUGAACGAUGGCGCAGUGCAAGCAGACGGCUCAGGAGUUUAUCCAGAACACGUUUAGUCCGCAGGUGGCUGUACUGUGUAGUGCAGAUGCUGAACAUUUGUGUCAAAAAAACAAUUUGACAUUUGUUGAGUUAGUACAACCAUUCUGUCGACUUAACAGCGAAGCUCAUAUUCGAGAUCCCAACAAUGUCCUUCACUCAAUACAUAACUUGAAAAUAACAGUGAAAGAUUUGAACACACCUCCCCCACAACAAGCUGUUGCUCGGAAAAUGAUGACCGAUACUGUAGCUAGUGCCCAGCCUCAGCUAUUGGAUGGCAAUCAAAGAAAUGUUAUCUCUGUGGGUGAUUAUGAUCUGCAGCUAAGUGCAACCACUCCAUGGUUUGAGGCAUAUCGGGAAUGUUUUCUUCAUUUACUGCCGCCAUCUGAUCAUGAAUUCCUGAACCAUUCUAUUGCAUGUAUGUUUGUUGUGUCUUCUGGUCACACAGAUCCAGUAGGUGUCUUCAAUACUUUGUCACAACAACAGAGCCAACAGCAUAAUCAAUUUCCUAACAAACUGCCUAAAUGGUUUUGUCCAAAUAUUCUAAAGUACUAUGUGUUAUUACAUGAUGUUGUGGAAGGAGAACAAGCAAAGGCUGAGGCUGUCUACCAGAGCAUGAAAACCACAUUUGGUGCCCAUCUAUGCCAUUUACUUCAAAUAAAUUCCCGUUCUGUGCAAACUGCAGAAACCUUCAAGAAUGAUCAAAAUAUGCCAGACCCAUGGAGCCAAUUUUUACAUCGGGCACCUGAAUCAAAUGUCAUCUCUCCACUUGCUGAAAAGCAAAAACCACAGAAAGCUACUUUUCGAUACUUCAUAACAUGGGAAGGGGCUGAUUAUGAUGUCCCUGAAAACAAUCUUUUGAACAUACAAGAUGAGUUUUCAACACAGUUAAAUGAAAGUACAAACCAACCAAUUGAGCAAAAUUCUAAUGAACAGGUGGAGACUGCUGUAGAAGCAAUGGAAAGUAAACAAUAUGGAACAAACGAGCAAGUUGGUCUUAUAAAUUCACCAAACAGUUCCAAGAUAUUUGAUCAUCCAUUAGCCGAAGAAAGCCGCAGUUUAAAUGGAAGCAUGAAUACUAUCAAUGCAUUGUCUCCUGAUGGAUCUGGAGCAGCCAUUUCUGGAGUAGCCACUACUACUGGUGGUCAUUUUAUUAUUUCUCCUACAGAAAAACCAAAAUCUGACCAACAUGGCAUGUGCCUCACUAUUAGUGACCAUGACCGAUUACGUAUUUUCAUGCAUGAAUUCUGUGUACGUGCACUCAUUCCAUGGGCUGAAAGGCAAAUGAGAGUUCUUAACGACCAGUUAGAAAGCUACUUAUUGUAUCUUCGUAAUUUCUCUUUCAGUUAUACAACUGAAGCACCAGAGUUACAGAUGCGACGACUAGCAGAUUUAGCAUUCCUUUUCCAGAUAUAUGAUUUUGCCUACCACACCUAUCAAACUGCAAAAAGGGAUUUUAACAACGAUCAUGCUUGGUUGCACUAUGCUGGAGCCCUGGAAAUGGCAUGUAUAACACUGUUCAUGCAGGACAAUGGCAGACAAUACCCUCAUCAUUACAUGGAAUCUGCUGUCACAACAUACUUGGCCACCUGCAGAAAUCCACAGCUUGCUGCAAGGGGAACACUAAUCAGUACAGAAGCUUUAAAAAGCAAAGGCAUGUAUGGAGAGGCUGCUAUGCAAUUUAUUAAAAUGAUUAGUGAGCAAGAUUCUGAUUUAAGAAGUGCAUUGUUACUUGAGCAAGCAGCUCACUGUUAUAUCAAAAAGCGUCCACCUAUGGCACGCAAAUAUGCCUUUCAUAUGAUUUUGGCUGGUCACAGAUUCAGCAAAUCAGGUCAAAAAAAACAUGCUUUACGGUCAUACUCACAAGCCCUUCAAGUUUACAAAGGCAAACAUUGGUCUUUAGCAGAGGAUCAUAUCAACUUUAUUAUUGGCCGCCAGUCUUUCAAUCUUAAACAAUUGGAAAAUGCUACAGCUGCUUUCAAGCAUUUGUUGACUGCUGAUAGUUGCCAGACCACUGCCCAACAAGCUGCCUUUCUCAAGGAAUAUCUUUUUGUUUAUAAGCAACUCCUUGGUCAGUCAUUAAAUGAGGGAACAUUAUAUCCAGGGCCACUUCCUGAACUACCGCUGCCAACUGUAGAUAGCAAUGUCACCAAAGUGCUUCUCUGUAAUACUGUUACUCCAAGAACAAUAUCUGAAGUGAAUCCAGUUCUUGUUGGUGUUUGUAUGUCUCAGGAGGAUACUGAAAAUGAGAAAUGGUUUGAGUUAGAGAAACAGCUUGUAUUGAGUACUUGCAACGGAGGCAGUUUACCGCUGAGUUUCCGGCCAAGCUUACAUUGCUUUACAGAUUCUACAGAUAAUAAAUUUAACCCAAUUGGUUUUGUUGGAGAAAAAGUUAGUGUUGAAGUGCAUCUUGUGAAUCCUCUUAAGAUUACUUUAUUAUUAACUGAUGUAGUUUUGUUGUGGACAUUUUUGCCUCAUCUACCUGAUAAUCAAGAGAAAUCACCACUUAUAACCAAUGAAGUUUCUUCUGUAAAAAAUAAAUUGGCUGAUGAAAUUAUUCAUACAGAAGUUUUGAAAGAAGUUACAUUAACAGGAAAUAUGGAAUUACCGGUGCAACUAUCAUUAACACCACAACAGACAGGAGAACUACGAAUUGUGGGUAUUGCUUAUAAUCUAGGUACUAAUUCUCUUCAGUCAUCAAACAGUACCAACAGUUUGAUAUUAAAUGAUGGGAAUUUAACUGGAACAACAGUGACAACAUCGACAUCUGCCACAACUCCUGGUACUGGACCGACGCGUGCAAAUUACAGUAAUUCUAUCAAUGUACGUGGGAAACAGCGUUUAGAAGUUCAGGGGCCUAGACUUAACAGCAACAAAGAAGAAAGAGCAAGUAAAGUUUACGGACCAGAUCGCAGGCUCGAUCUGGUAAUAAAGCAACAAAUGCCAAUCCUUAAGGUUGAAUUAGAUAAAAUUCCAGAAACCCUUUUGUGUGGAGAAGUCCAAAGUAUCACUCUGAAGUUCUGUAAUGAUGGAACAAUUCCAUUGAAAAAUCUCAAAAUAGCAUCCAAUACACCUAGUUUCUUGGCUCUUGGCACUGAUGUGGAUCUUGUUGAUUCUGUACCAUUUUCUAGUAUAUAUCAAACACAAGAGGAAGAUAUAUGUGGAGAAAUACCUGGCAAUGAUCCAAAAGAGGUUGCAAUGAAUGGCAUUAUUGUAAUUGAUAUACCCAUUCCAAAUGGAAUAUUAAAACCAAAUUUUACAAUGACUGUUCCUAUGUGGGUACGGGGUAAUGAUGUUGCUGGGGUGCAUACUAUCAACUUUCUCUUCUAUUAUGAGCCUGUUGAACAAGAUACUAAAAUAAAAUACAGAGUAUUACGUUAUUCAGCUGUGAUAAAUACAGUGGAAUCAUUGAGUGUGCAAGCAACAAUUCAAAGGAGUAGAGCAUGUGUACAAAAAUGUUCAGAGGAUAGAGAUGAGUGCUUCAUAACUUGUGAACUUGAAAAUUUGAAUUCUGGCCAAACAAAAGCACCUCACUUAAAAACAAUCCAAAUAAAGCAGAUGUCAUGUGCCAGUACAAAUUGGUCUAUUAACUACCUCAGUACUCCAAAGAAUACAGAAUUACUCAUUCAUAAUCGUGAAACAUUGCAAAUGUGUUUGAAAGCUAUAGGAAAAAGAGCAACCUGUUGUGAAGGUGAAUCAGAAAAGUCUCGUAAGGUGUAUUUUAGCAAUACCCAUUUUAAUGAAACAAAAAUUAAAAGUUCCAAGACACCUUGCUCGGAUUUUUAUUACAAAUGCACACAGAACUGUGAUCAGCAGUCAGCUUUAGCAUCCAGUUAUUCACCUAAUACUAAUAAUAAGCAUUCCAAAUUCAGUGACCUUGAUACUGCCAUUGAAGUGAAUUUAACAUUAAUUAUCUUAUGGCAGGCUUUAGUGGUACAAGAUUCAGGUGAGACAGUUACACUGGUUGGACAACAUCAUGUAACCUUUACAAAGCUUAACAAGUCUGCAACAUCUUAUCCUAUAACUAAACAGCAGCCUGAUGUGGGUCCUUUGAAAUUCAUAAAAGACAUUGAAAAUAUUCCUGUACCUAAACCUAGCCUUGAAGUUAGCACACAUUUGGUUCACUACAAUUUCUCACAUGAAUCUAAUAUUAAACACCAAUUUAAGAAAAAAUGUCUAUGUCUGCUGCCAGUAAGAAUGAUUUUAUGCAACUGUUCAAGAGUUCCAGUACAUGUUCUCAUUGAUACAGGAAAAUCACCAGAAAGGCUGAGCAGUAGUGGUGACCAGGUUUAUAUCUCAGCAGAAACUACUUCAUCUGGAAUAGGGACACCUGCACCAUGUGUUGGAUUACCAUCAUAUUUAUCUUUGUACCAGCAAAGUCAGAGCAAUGCUUUUGUAUGGUGUGGUCAUUCGCUGAUUGAUUUACAUAUAGGACCCCAGCACUCACAAACUGUUACCCUUACUGCAUGCUUUUCCAAGCCUGGAGUCUAUAAUAUUAAUCAGCUCUCAGUAUUUGUCACCUACACAACUGAUUCCUCAGAGAUGAUCCUGCAGAAACAGAGUGCUCCCAGUCUUGUUGUUAUAAGUGAUAUUUCUUCAUGAUGAUCCACAUUUUUCAUAAUGGAGAAGAAGACUAAAAAUUUUUUUUCUUUUCCAGUUCAUAAAUUUAGCAACUUAAUUUUUUUUCCCCCCCUGAAUGACGGUACUUAGCCUAACUAACCUUGGUGAUUACUUUGACACCAAAAUGACACUAUUUCUGAUUUUCCAAAAGUGCUAAUAUGAACAGUCUCCAUUAAUUGAAAUCAAAGACACACAGAAGCUCACACAAACUUACACACACAAAGUAGCACUUCAAAAUAUUGGUUUGUUGUGUGCACAUGAAUGGAAACUUAAGAUGACUGAUUGAUGAGAGAUUUUAUUAGAUGAAUGGAUUGUCUCAAGGGACCUGAUUACUAUAUAAAAAGCAGAAAAGAAAAUGGCAACUUUGUAAUUGUGAAAUAUUUUGAUUGUAUUUACUAUUCUGGUAAAGGAGCUUAUUAAAGUUUUACUUUGCCUUUUCA